UCAUUAUUUACGGAAGUGAACCUUUGACCAGCUGAUAAACAAGAACACAAAACAUAUGCUAAUUGCUGUAUCUACUAAUAACACAGAGAGUGGACCAUUUAAAGGUUAUUGAUCCCAAAUUUGAAUACAUAUAAUGACAAGUUUUGGAUGGAAAAGGAAAACCGGUACAAACGUUUCCAAAUCAACCUCCGCGUCAUUUGAAGGGAACACCAAGGAUGAUGAUGAAGAGGUUCGUAAUGGUGAUAUAGAUUGGAUUUCUCUGGCCCCAAAGAGAAGAAUUAUCUCCCUUGAAGAUGCUGUCGGCAAGAGCGAGAGACUGAAGAACGAGGGUUGUGUCCUGGCAGAGUCUGACAGAUACUGGGAGGCCAUCAAGAAAUGGGAUGAAGCUCUCCACUUUAACCCACUCAAUUGUAAGGUCUAUGAGAUGAAGGCCCAGGCGCUGAUGGCGCUGAAUGAGUUGUACCCGGCGGUGUCGGCGGCGCGGAAGGCUGUUGAAGUCUGUCCCACCUGGUGGGUGGGUCACCAGACCCUGGGGCGAGCACAACUCAACCUGGGAGAAGUGAGACUGGCUCUGCACAGCUUCUCCAUGGCAGUUCACCUCAACCCGGCUGACCGGGAAUUGUGGGAGGAGGAUCUGAUGUGGGCCGACUCCCUGGUGCGACAGCGCAGACAGGCAGCUGAAACAGUCAAGCAACAAGCAAGCAAGUCAACUGUUACUAUCACUGAAAUCUCUGACGAUCCCAGUGCUACAUGUAUCAGUGACAAGGCUAUGGACAAAUGUGACACUAGAGCCGGAGACAAGGGGAUGUCAGUGAAGGCAAAGAUCCUGCUGCACGAUGCUUGGCCUUGAGCAAAUACAGUGAAGAUCCAGGUUACAAUGUGUGAAUUAUAUUCAUGCUAUCAACCACUGGUUUGUCUGACGUGAUAUGGUCAUAAUAUUUGUUGACUGAUGUAAUCUGUUAAAAAUUGGUGAUGAAAUAUUUAUAGGAGUUUUAUUCAUCUGUAAAGGAAUGUCACAUACAGUCAAUAUUGUUAGAUGAAAUUGAAGAAGAGAGAAUGAGUGAUUGAGUGAGUGAGUUGGGUUUAACGCUGCUUUUAACAGUAUUCCGGUU